UCAAAUCACAUCGUUGUUAAGAAUGAAGAGUGUACGAUCUAACGCACCGGACAUCGUCCUCUUCAACAAAAAUCUUCGCGAAGUCCUUUACGAGCUUCAACGAAAAACGGCGCAGUUAGACAAUCUUGAGAAAGAAUUGCUGCUGGCGCGUUCGGAGCUUUGCACUAAAACUUCUUUGCUACAAACGGAAGAAAAGAUAUCCGGCGAACUCAGGACUCGUUUGAAGAUCACGUCGGACACAAUCAAUCGUUUAGAGGAAGAGAAAAUGCGCGACAGCAUUGAACGGUCGAAUCUGUCGACCAGCUAUGAAAUCGUGUCGAAGGAACGCGACGAACUGAAGAAGGAAGUCUUGUUUUUCCACACGGAAGCGUCAAAGUAUAAAUUUAACGUCGACAGUUUGGAAUAUGCGUUACGGCGGGAAACACAGCAGAGGGAGAAGCUCGAACAGGCGCUAACAGAUUUUAAAAAUGAGAAUGAGAAAGUCGUUGCCAAUGUCGACUUGAACAUUGAGAAACUUUCGAAAGAACAAAAAUAUUUGAUGGACAGUGCCAUGAAUGUUAUACAGUUUAAUAAACGAUUGCAAACUUACGGACUCUGUUCGUAUGCGAUUAACAAGAAGUAUAAAGAGGAGAUAAAACAUUUGCAAAAUAAAUUACUUGCACUCUCUCCGUGCGAAACGAGCAACCAAUCUCAAUUGCAUCCAGAAAUAGAGAAUCUACGUUUCAAGUUGAAAGAAAUGUUGGCGCAAUUGAAAGCGAGAUUACGCGAUUCGGCGCCGUUUGAAGAUAAGUUAAACCAUACUCUCGACGAAUUAUCCAUCGAUUUAACAAAAAUACAAAAUUAAUCAGAAGAUACAAUGAG